CAUGCCGUACCCGAGGACCUCCCCCGAGCCGUGCCCGGAGCCGCUCUCCGCUCCUCUCCGCUGCCGGCCGCGCACGAUGCGGCCGCUGCUGCUCUGCGCGCCCCGACGGCGCUGCCCGACGGCGCUGCUGGUGCUGCUGGUGCUGCUCACGGAAGUUCCUUUGGGAACGGCUGCAUCAGCGCUGCACAGGAGGGACAAGGUGGAUCUGUCUGAUGCACACAGAGGAGAGGAUGAGUUUUACCCCGUCCCGAACAGCAAUAUCUACUGCAGGAAAUGCCCUGCGGGUACCUAUGUUGCAGAGCACUGUAAAGAGCAAAAUGGCUUCAGCAAGUGUUUGCCCUGUAAAGACAAUGAAUACAUCAAGUAUCCCAAUGGCCUCCUCAUGUGCUUUGACUGCCGGACGUGUCGGGAAGAUGAGGUGCAGCUGAGUCCCUGCCGAGCCGUCCAGGACACUCAAUGUGCCUGCAGGAACGGCACCUUCUGCUCCCCGGAGCACCCCUGCGAGAUGUGCCAGAAGUGCCGGCCCCGGUGUCCCAAUGGUGAGGUGGAGCUGGCUCCAUGCACAUCAUCCAGCGACCGCCGCUGUGGGCCUCCCACCACCACCCACAGCCUCUCCACCACCUGGAUCGUGAUCAUCGUGGUGGUAAUUGUGGUCUUCGUGGUGCUCUUUUUUAUCUGCGUGUACUGCUGCUGCUGCCGUUCCACAGGAGACAGGAGAGACCUGAGUGGGAAGCCCUGCAGCAUGAUGGACUACCUGCUGCAGCGCCUGACGAGGUUCCAGAACAGGCGCCUGGGGACUCAGGACAACAGGCACAAUGAGUCACUCUUCCAGGAUCCCCUGCUCCCCAGUAACCCAGCAGAGGUGUCUCCCAGUGCUCCAGGAGCAGAGGUGAUGGUGCCGAGGACCUCGCAGCCCACUGUGAAACCCAGGAAGAAACUGGUUCCAGUGGAAGGAGUACAGCCUUACGAGUGUUUGCGAAACAGCUUUUACACCUUUGCCCAAAAGGUGCCCCACGACCACUGGAAGAGGUUCGGCCGAGCCCUGAGCCUGCUGGAGAACGACAUUGACCUGGCAAAGAAGGAGGAAGGCAUGGAGAUGUUGAUCGAGAUGCUCAAGAAGUGGCAGGAGAGAGGAACGAUCAACGCGUCUGUGAACACGCUGCUGGACACCCUGCACCAGAUCAACCUCGGUGGUGUUGCUGAGGACAUCGCCUUCGAGCUGGUCAAGGAGGGAUCUUUCCAGUAUGAAGUGAGCUGAGGAGCAGGACAAGCCCCACAUCUCCCUGCUUCAAGCUGAGGCCACAGAUACCUCUGAGAAGACUGGAGUUUUAUCUUCCUAUAGCUCUGCUGUGACUCUUCAGUAGCCAUCGCACAGCAGGAGCUGGGGGUUGAUACUUCAUGAACAUGCAAACCUCGUGGUCCUCUCUGCUGAAGCUAUGGGCUCAGUGCUGGUGCUUCCUUAGGAAACCCAAUAUGGUGCUUGGAAUUCACUGGAUCAAUGCACAGGGCCUUAAACUGCUGCAAGCUGCCUCUGGCAUGGUCUCACCUGGGAGCUCUGGUACUAUAUGGAUGUCUUCAGGACCAGUGCAGAGAGGGCAGGAGGGAGGCAUCCCUGUGGCUUUUAACUGGAUCAUCCUUUUGGAGAGCAUUCCUGGCAUCAUGCAAUGGCUUCUGCUUGUAGGGCAUUUCUAAGCUGGCCAGUGAGCUCAAGACUGUAUGUUCAGUGGGCAAGCAUUAACUGGGUUCUUGGGUUACUUUCUCAAAGCUGUUGAUGGAAUGCAUUAUAGAUGGUAGUGCUUCUACUUGCUGCUAGGAAUCAGCUUGAAACUGGAUUUUGAGGGGAGAAUGGGAAUGGUUUACAAUGGUGAUCCCUGGGGUUGCAGGCUCUGCUGUCCCUGUCUCAUCCAGCUUGGAAAGAUGAAUGCACUGAGGUCUGAGCAGAACUGUGGGUACCGGCCAUUGAUCCUCUAUCUGGAUUUGCUGCUCCUCACUGUGUCUCUUGCUCUGGCUCCCACCCAUCACUCAGGGACAACUUAGCUGGAAAACACAACUACUGCAUUACUGGAGCUGGUGUGUGCUGCAUCCCAGUACAGCCCAGCCCAUCAGAACCUGCCCUCCCCAGUGUGCUGGGAGAGCCUGAGGGGCAUCACCAACCCCUCUGGCAUCCCUCCUGCUGCUGCCCAUUCUCCCCAACACUUCAAACUCCAAAACGAUCAAGCACAAGCAGCAAGGUUGUAUUUAUGUAUUUAUUAAGUAAUGUAAACUUCUACAUAUCUUAACUUAAAAGCGAAUAUAAAAAUAGUGUUGUUUCUUUA